GAUAAGAUCGAUCCCACGAAAAUGGUCCAACCAGGUCUAAAAAGGUUUAUAUUCGCCUUACUAACCCUAUGGAUAAUAUACUUUACCAUUAGUUCUUUAUUUACUAGUCACACUGAAUCAGUCAAGGAAUUCAGUAGUGCCAAACUAGAACUUGUCAAUGCAUUAGAAACACAUUUCGACUGGAAGAAAACAGGACUAAACUUCCAACCAACUUCCAGGAUUGCCAUAACUAAAGAUACAAUUGUCCAGCAGCAAUUAUCAUCUGCAUUCCCCUAUGAUCCCAAUGAUUCCUUUCCCAAGAAAAUCUGGCAGACGUGGAAAGUUGGCCUUGAUGAACAUGAUUUUCCUCAUAAAUAUAGACGAUAUCAAGGUACUUGGGAACAAAAGAACGCUGGAUACAAACACUAUGUUCUUUCAGACGCCGAGUGUGAUGUUCUUGUUGAGAAAUUGUUUGUUAGUGUCCCUGAUGUGGCUCAUACGUACAAGAUCAUGCCCAAGAGUAUUCUCAAGGCAGAUUUUUUCCGAUACUUGAUCCUUUUCGCUAAAGGAGGAGUUUAUACAGAUAUAGACACCACUGCAUUAAAACCCAUUGAUGAUUGGGUUUCGAAUAGUCAAGUUUAUUUAGGAGUUGUUAAUAAUGCGGGAUUAGUUGUGGGUAUAGAAGCUGAUCCUGAUCGUCCUGAUUGGGCCGAAUGGUAUGCUAGAAGAAUUCAAUUCUGCCAAUGGACUAUUCAACUGAAGAAAGGACAUCCCAUGUUGGGACAAUUGAUUGCAAAAAUCACGGAACUUACAUUACAAAGAGAAGAACAGGGUACUUUAGAAAAAGUAUUGGGAAAAGAUGAAGGAGGAGAUAUCAUGAACUGGACCGGACCUGGGAUAUUCACAGAUUAUGUGUUUGCAUAUAUUAAUAGCAUUCUUGAAUCUCGUGCUAGCUUCAAACUGAGGAAAUAUGAUGGAGCAGUGGAUUGGAAAUUGUUUACCGGGAUGGAACAGCCCAUUGUAUUAGAUGACGUGAUGGUAUUGCCGAUAACUUCAUUUAGUCCUGAUGUGAAUACUAUGGGUGCUGGUGAUUCUAAACAUCCUAUUGCCUAUGCCAAGCAUAUGUUCCUGGGCUCUUGGAAGAAAGACGAUCCAAUGCCUGGAAUGGAAGAUUAAUGUAUUUAUGUUUGUAAAGUUUAAAUUUGUACACUAAUUCUGAAUAAUUAUCACUAGAAGUAAUACUUCUGCUUACACUAGACUCUUGUGACAGUUCAACACGUUCAAAAGGUUUGACAUAUUUAUCAACGAAAGAUAGGUGGUAGAUAUAUUGCCAGGGCUAGGAGGGCCAUCAUAUUUAGUUGCGUGUGGAAAAAAGCUAACGCAGGUUUAAGCAGAGUGAUAAAGCCAUCCGCAUAAAACUAAUUGGACUAAAUUUAGAUCUGCAUGGAAGACCUUUUUUAGCAUUGUGAGAUCUUGAGAUAUAUCAGCUUAUCGUACGAGUGCC